ACUACGUUGUGAUAUAUUUUAGUAGGAGUGCUUUAUGUUCUAUCAAUAUAAUAAUUGAAUAUUUGAAUACGUACAUAGGUUUUGGAAUUUUUGCUUCCUAAAGAUUUUGUCAAUGGCAGAUAAAUCACGAAUUGACGUAGGUUGUUUAUCAUCAAUAAUAUCCCACAAACUAUUCCGAAAAAUUCUUUUACCUUUAAAGAACCCUAAAAAUAGUCGUCUUCCAUUGGAGCUGGAAUCUAAUAUCCUCUCAAGACUACCUGUUCAAUCACUUUCACGUUUCCGAUGCGUUUGUAAGCGUUGGCGUGACGAAAUCAACCACCCGAAUUUUAUAACAUCACAUACGACUCGAAUUCAGUCUCAAGAAAAUUCUACCACCUUUGUUAUUACAACAACGGUUACCUUGUUGGUUCUUGUAACGGCUUGCUUUGCUUCCGAAACAUACAUAAUCUUGACGGUGUACUAAUGGUAGACUUUUCGUUAUAUAACCCGGUUACCGGCAGCCGUAACACCGUCAUACCUAAUUACUUGACGGCGGGCUGUUUCGAUAGAUAUGGUUGUAGAUGUAUGCUUGGGUUUGGUUAUGAUCGUACGAGCGAUGAUUAUAAGAUUUUUUAUGCAAUGACGACGUCAUCACAACCAUCCGUACAAUCAUGGAUUUAUAGUUUGAAGCAUAAUUCAUGGAGAAGAAUCAUCCAACCUCCUCCUCCUCUUCCUAUCCCUCUUCCUUUUCCUCACCCUAGGACAAAAAUGGUUUACUAUGAUAAUGGUUUGCAUUGGUUAGUUUGGGAUUUUAAUACAAAUGCAAGUUAUAUAUUUAGGUUUGACCUUGCCACAGAAGAGUAUCAUCAAGUGGAACAACCUUAUUAUGAUGACGAUGACACGUUUCAUGUCCUGGCGUAUCGUAGGCGAGAGUUGUUGGUGUUGACUGAGUUAAGGGGAUGUUUGCAUUUGGUUGAAUAUACCACUUCCCCUUCCACUAGGUAUGCUUCGUCGUGGUCUAAGGAGUCCGAAGAAAAAGAAGUGUAUUACAUGCGAAUGUGGGUGAUGAAGAACAACUACGACGGUGGCUCAUUAAAUCGAUCAUGGGUGAAAUUGAUAGACUGUCUAUCACUGAUCAAACAAGUCGUUAGCAGAGUAUACACUUAUACUCCGCCAUUGCCUUGUGCUUAUUCAGAGAACGGAAAGGAAAUCUUAAUAGUUUUAGGUGAAAGGGUUUUUGUUAAAUAUGAUUUUAGUCGUGGGAAGUUACAAAGUGUCAAACUGUGUGGUUUACCUAACGAUUGGAAAUACACAUAUGGCCGUGACUUUAUUUCAUGGACUAGUUCCUUUGUUUCCCCCUCCUCCUAGCUCACUUCGUUUGGAUACGAGGUAUUAGGAAAAGGAAAAGGGAAAGGGAAAGGAUCGAGCUUGAGGGAACAAGGAUAAGAGGAGGUAUACGUAUAAAUAUGUGCACUAUUUUUUUUAAACGUUAUUACUCCGGUACAAAAUGAUCUCUAUACUUUAUGUUUUAUUCUCUUUCAUAAUGUUAUUUACAUUGUUCUUUAUUCUAUUUUUGGACAUGAAAAUUUAAUAUGUUACCCCUCUUCGUCUUACUCCACAACAUGCAUUCGCAAAUUUCCACUCAGUUUCUCUUACUGUAUUCAAUUUUUUUGUUUCACACACCCACUUUUUUACACAUCUAUCUUACUUUACCCGUAUUUUAUUACAUUCACCCACUUUUUUUUUUAUACAUUUUUCCUAUUUUAUUUAAAUAUUUGUUCAAAUAAUAACUGUAAAUAACAUUUUGAAACAGAGGUAGUACUAUUU